CACAACUAUAGCCAUGGCCUCCCACCGUGCAGAUGCCAGCACUCUUCUGGACAACCGGGGCUACUCCGGACCCCUCGUACGCGGCCUUAAUCCCGCGAUGCUUUUCGAGAAGGCAGUCCGCGACAGAAUCACAGAGUCUUACUACUGGAAAGAGCAAUGUUUCGGGUUGAACGCUGCAACUCUCUGUGACCGCGCAGUUGAGUUGACUUUUAUUGGCGGAACUUAUGGUGUCUCCGAGAAGGCUUCGCCAUUCCUUUGCCUCGCCUUCAAGCUUCUUCAAAUCAACCCUGAUCGAGACAUUAUCAUGGAGUACCUGAACUUCAGCGACCCUGAAAAUGAGACGGACGGUGCAGAUGAGGAUACAACUGCGGAGGACCGUGCGCAGCGCAGCGUGGUCAAACAUCGCGGAGACUUUAAAUACCUCCGCGCCCUUGCGGCCUUCUACGUACGGUUAACCUGGGAACCAGUCGAGAUCUACAAAACGCUGGAACCACUUCUUCUUGACUACCGGAAGUUGAAGCGGAGAGUACGUGACUCAUUUGUUCUGACGUACAUGGAUCAGUUCGUCGAUGAUCUGUUGACGAAGGAUCGUAUGUGUGGUACCAGUCUAUGGAAAUUGCCAUCCCGGCAGCAAUUGGAAGAUCUCGAUCUGCUGGAAGUCCGGAUAAGCCCACUCCAGGAUGAACUGGAUGAGAUGGACAGAAGCGAUGAUGAGAAUGGGCACGCGAGUGACGCUCGCUCCCAUGGGGGCCGAUCUGACGACUGA